AUGACUGCUCCUUCCAUGAGCCCUCAGGCAAGUCUCGAUAAGAAAGUGUCUCUUUGCGACACAUGUCAGGGCUUACUAGGGAAGGGUCGGACUCCGACGACGAACGUGCCGGGCCGUUGUGCGACAGUCAACCGGGGACAUCGCCCAGUCACUCCCCAGUGGUGCCGUCGCACGCUCGGGAGUCGACCGAGGGAGACACUACAGGACGGGACAGCGUCGCAAGCCGGAUGUACCGACGAGGCCACAGGCGUCGCUACCACAGUGAAGUCGCUAUUUUGCGUCGUUCGUCCCCUGCUCCAAACAUCAUCGGCGGUGUGUGGUGAUGUCUUGGAUCGCCACGGACGGGGCUUCAGGGAGCCGAGUGAACGGCGACAGGGGUGGGGUGUGGGCGUGUCUUGCCCUGCACGGCCAGUCGCGCGCGCUCCGUGGUCGUUUUUGCUCGCAUCUUUUCCCCCCGGGUUGACAAGUCGGGCCGGUGCAACCAACACGGCCUCGUAG